GGGGCCGAGCUCCAUCGGUGAGCGCUAAUGGCGGCGGCCGCGGCUGAUGCCGAAGGCUGGCCCUCCCGCUGGUUCUGGUAAGCCCGGGUUCGAGUCUGGGCACCGCCCCAUUGGUCUUGGACCCGUCACUGCCUUCUCUGGGCCUCAGUGUCCUUAUUUUUUAAGUGGGCCAGAUAACGCUUGCCCGGGAGGCCUUGCCCUGCAGGGCCUGCCUCGGUGCUGAGCGAAAGGGGGCCCCUUCGCCUCUCUGCAUUAAAUGCCGGCGCUCGGGACGCCUGCCAGUCACUGGCUGGGCCAGGAGGUGUAGCUGGGCAAGUUGCACCCACACUUGAAUUUACCGUCAGGCUCUGUUGCUCACUAUAGGUGUGACCUUGGGAUGGAGCCAGGUGAGGAGCUGGAGGAGGAGGACUCUCCAGGUGGCCGUGAGGAUGGCUUCACUGCUGAGCACCUGGCUGCGGAGGCCAUGGCAGCUGACAUGGACCCCUGGUUGGUGUUUGAUGCUCGCACCACACCUGCCUCCGAGCUGGAUGCCUGGUUGGCCAAGUACCCACCAUCCCAAGUUACCCGCUACGGGGACCCUAGCUCACCCAACACUGAGCCUGUGGGCUGGAUUGCAGUGUAUGGGCAGGGCUACAUCCCCAACUCAGGUGAUGUGCAGGGCCUGCAGGCAGCCUGGGAAGCCCUGCAGACCAGCGGGCGGUCCAUCACGCCUGGUACCCUGCGCCAGCUGGCCAUCACCCACCACGUGCUCUCGGGAAAGUGGCUGAUGCACCUGACACCUGGCUUCAAGCUGGACCAUGCCUGGGCUGGCAUUGCUCGGGCCGUGGUUGAGGGCCGGCUUCAGGUGGCCAAGGUGAGCCCGCGGGCCAAAGAGGGUGGGCGCCAGGUCAUCUGUGUUUACACAGACGACUUCACGGACCGCUUGGGUGUGCUGGAGGCAGAUGCAGCCAUCCGUGCAGCAGGCAUUAAGUGCCUGCUCACCUACAAGCCUGAUGUCUACACCUACCUGGGCAUCUACCGGGCCAACCGCUGGCACCUCUGCCCCACUCUCUAUGAGAGCCGUUUCCAGCUGGGGGGCAGUGCUCGUGGCUCCCGUGUGCUGGACCGCGCCAACAAUGUGGAACUGACUUAAUGGGGCCAAGUUGGGGAGACCACCCUCUGUGCCCCCUGCUAGGGGUGGAUUCCCCUGUCUUUCUCCUUCUCAUUCCAAGGAGGUCAAGUUCCCCAGUUCUAAGGACUAGGUCACUCAGAAACUGCCUGCAUCUUGGAUCCCCUUGAACUUCUGCCCUCUGUUCAGGGCUGACUCAAGUCCCCACCUGCUGGUGGUUCUGGCUCUCUUGAGGGCCGGACCCUCAGCCUCUCUCUUCGAUGCUGCUCCCCUCUGCCAUCCAGGACUAUAGACUGGGUACAGACACCCAGGAGGAGAGCCUUCCUUGGCCACCUUUAUUCAUGGCUGUACCUCCCCCUCCUCCUGCAUUCUCCCCUCCUCUUCCUCACAAGAGAGAAAACUUAGUGCUUCCAGUCCCUCUCCUUGGAUCCUUCACAGUCCGGGGGGCAGAGGCCCUGCAGGCCUGAGCAUGCCAUUUUGUUGGGGAGGGUGGUGCCCACUCAGCCCCUGGCAGACAGAGGGGAUUCCAGGGCCAUGGACAUAGUGUCUGCCCCCACCCUGCCACCUCACAGCCUGCACCACCUUCCUCUCUUCACUACCUUGUCAUGUGCCUGCUCCUGGCAUUUCAAUAAAACCCAGCUUGGGUCUGUGUGUUGAGUGUUUUUUAAAA